AUGUGCCGAAGAAUAUACUCGUUACUUCCAUGGUCGGAAAUAACUUUGAUAUCUCCGGGAAAUUAUACGGCGCAAUCCAUUUAUUAUCGUUCAAUUCCACAAGUUAUUUUCGAGAACGAAUACUUUGGCUUCGACAAUAAAUCUUCUGAACUAAAUAAAGCUUUACUUGAUGAUAAUUAUGAGAGGUUAUUAGUCGAAUAUAGAAAAGUUUCUGUGAAAUCCUACGUACCUUUUUAUAAUAUUUAUAAAAAAGUUGCUGAAGAAAUCAACGCUGAUUUAUUUUUUUGCGAUUAUUUUAUAAAUUAUCCGUGUUUUGAUCUCGCUUGGAAAUUGGGAAAGCCCGCUGUCGGAACUUCCAGUGUAGGUUUAUCUCGUCCACCAUAUGUAUCGGAUCCCACAUAUGGAUGUGUAAAUAUGGAAAACGAAUCUUUCUAUAACAGAUUUAGAUGUGAGAUCCUAGUACCUUUAAGACUGGCCUGGAGCACAAGCAGCACUGUAAAGGGUCUUAAUGUUCAAAGAGCAAUUGUAGGUGUAGAACCACAUGGGAACAAGUUUGGACAAAUUGGACCUGUUCUACCUGACACCUUUCCAGGCCUAACACCGGAUCUAGAUUCAUUUCUUGAUAGUCAUCCUCGAACAUUAUACUUCGCUCUUGGGACUAUU